GCCGCCGCCGCGGCCGCCCCCCUCCUGAUGACCUCCAGGCUGCGGCAGCGGGCAGCUGAGUGCGCCAAACACGUGGGGGCUACGAAACCCAUCGACUGGUUCCUUCGCGAGCUGCCUCUGAGCUACGAGAUGGUGAUCGAGAAUAUUCUGGACCCGGCGCACCUUCCCUUCAGCCACCACGGCCAAGACCCGGCACUUAAGAGGUCAGCUGGGAAAGCCAUGCCCAUGCGGCCUCGCAAGACGCCAACUGCUCCCAGCAACGCAGUCCCCGCGGCAGCGGCAUCUGCUGAUGCCCCUGCCACCACUGUCGCUAGCAGCAACCAAGACAGCAGCCGCGUGCAAGCCCCGAUCCCCUACUACUGGCCGCGACCCACGGGUCCAGACGCCGAGUUUGACUUCAAGGGUAACACCAAUCCAGAUGUCACCAUCUGCUUUACUGCGCCAUACCUUGUCACCUACAGCUGGGUGGUGGCUGAGACUGAGGUGCUGACGGAGAUGGUGGUCGUGCCGGUGGCUCCAGGCCGCUGCCGCUACCUCUCCACGGACUUCGUCCCUGCACCCGGCAGCAAGCCGCGGCCCCCACCGCCGCUGCACUUGCUGGGGCUGCGGGGCGCUGCCUUCCGGCUGCUGCGCAGGUUUGACCCCGUGGUGUCGCACCACUACUUCCUUAACAACAUCAUGGACGGGGACGCCGUGUUUAUGUUCGGGCAGGACGAGCUGCUGCGCGCCAUGCAGGCGCAGGAGGAUGCCGAGGCGGCCGCCGGAAGCAGCAGCAGUGCCGGCACUAGCGGUGCUGGCAGCAGCAGCGGCAGCAGCAGCGACGCCACCACCACGGGCGGCGGCGAUAGCCCCGGAAUGAGCAAGUGGUCACGGCUAUACUUCCUGCCUACACAGGCUGACAGGGCGUGGAUGGCGGCUCGCCGUUGGCUGGAGGAGCGGGCGGGCGGCGGACCUUUCCGUAGGAGGCAGCAGCAGCGGCAGGGGGAGCAGAAGGCGGCAGGGGCCCGGGAAGGGGUGGGUCUGCCGCCAACGUCGCAGCUAAAGCAGCAGUGGCCACCGAUUGUCUUGACCCCUCUCUCCAGCCCCGAGGUCCGCGCCCGCCUGCUGAGCCGCUACGAGCAGCACACGC